AACCUACCGCCACAGGCUCCGCCGCAACUUCCACAACUUGAGCACAACUUCCACAACUCCUGAGGAAUAAAGACAGUGCAGCUUUUUCAGAGAUGUUUGCUUUGGCCUUCCUAAGUAGUAGACAAAGUUCCACAACUAGAAGAAAAGACUUUCGAAGGACGCAGUCGAGUUGUGGUUUCGUUUUUCUGGUCUAGUUAGUAGCCUCGGCCUGCUGUGUCAAAAGCUAGAUCUUCUCUCUGUAGAUCAUUCAUGUGGCAGCGAAAGAGUUGAGGACUUUCAUCUUUUCCAAUUUGUAAAGCCGUUUGUAGUUAUAAUUCUAGUACUGCUACUGUUCUUGUUCGAGGUUGACCAGGUUGUUUUUCAAGAAAAGGAAAAGGUUUUAUCACCAAGUUUAUGAUAUGGGGGAUAAUGACGGGCCUAAGACAUUCGGUGGGAAAUAUAUCCCGCCUCAUAUGAGGAAGCGCGCCGUGGAACAGAAGCCUGAAGAACAAGACCAGUCUUCUUACAACGACAACCCUCCAAAACAAAACGACGGCAAAGAUUACGGCGGAGGCAAGGAAACUUAAGGCAAAAACUUGGAUUAGAAAUUUUUUGUGGUCCAUCGCGUUGGGUCUACUUCUAUUCUAUUAUGCGCGUGCGCUUUAUAUUCAAGAGAAGAAAAGAGAAGGCCUUGCGCUUUCUGGCCGCUGGCUUGUCGUUUGGAAUUCUUCACUCUCGUUUGAGAGUGCCGGCGGAGCGCGUUUUCUCAGCCCGCCCAGGCUCCUCGCAAGCCGUUCGCCGCCCCGCCCUUUUUGAGGUUUGUGCGUUGGGCAGCAGUCUCUUUCUGCUCCGCAGUCAGUCCUCUGCAGUCACCGCGCGGAGCCGCAUUUUGGCCAUCCUUCUGCGCGGCUGUUCGGCUCUUGGUCUUGUCCCUUCGGUCCCAGGUCUUCUCGCGUGGCACUGUAGUGAGGAGCGUCUUUUCGGUCGAGCGAGAUAGUGCGCCCCGUUUCCUUCCUUUCGCGGCUGUUUCUAGUGUGACUCUCAUGUGUAUAGAUAUUAAGGAAGAUAGUAGAACUAGGGCGGAUGCCUAUAGCAUCAAUCAUCUGAUUAUAAUGGUGGCUCGCAGUAUUGUUCAACAGCUUCAAAUGUUUUCUCCAAAAAUUAGCAGUAACAUUUCUUUAUUCUUAUUGUUUAUGUUUGCCUGACUCUGACAGGUGCUUUCUCAUCUUCUUCUAAGAAACUAGAGAGUACUACGGCAAAGAUAAGGACUACGGCGGUGGUUCCUACGGUGGGAAGGAUUCCUGGGAUCGAAAGGGAGGUAAUUUUUGCCGUUAAGGACGACCGCGAAAUCCUUGCUCUUGUUCUUGAUGAAGACGAUCAUCAAUUUUGCCUAUUCUUAGAAAUGUUUAUUGUUUUUCAUUAUCUCUAUUGUGAUAUUGAUACUGUCGCCCACGUUCUUUUGGUAGUUCGGCUUCCUCGUCGCGUGAAAAACAACCGGUGUGCAAAUCACGAAUCACGAAGAAAAAUUUAGAUCGUUCUUUUCAUUCUAUUCAGAUGGGUAUGGCUAUCGUGCGGGCAAUGGCAAAGGUGACGGUGGCUGGGGCAAGGGAGGCUAUGGAAAGCCGCAACGCCUAGGAGGCGAUGGCUAUGGUGGAUACGGUGGCGGGUAACAAUUUUUUUGUAGAUCUUCACGGCCCAGGCCCACAUUCCUAAUGUAAUGACAUGACGAGUCAACAUGAAGAACUUACAUCAUAAUCAUCAUUUUUCUAUCCCCAACAACAAUGUAAGUAAGCUUCUCUUUUACUUUUGGCUCGCCUUCGCCGACGAGCAAAGUAGGCUAAUACUAAUCCUGUUGAUCAUACUAGUUCACGUUCACAAUUCUUAUUCUGUUUAUGACUUUUGUUUGUAAGGUGGAGUGGCAAUGGUAGUCAGCAGGAACGGUACGGUGGUGGAGGCGAUAUUUCGUCCUACACACGCCGCGGGCAUAUGGACUCAGAGGAUCGGGAACAAGAGCCGCGCAGCGGUGGAACAAAUGUAUCCUACUCGAAGCAGGAUAUUCGAAACCGAGGACCCGCGAAUAACUUUAAGAGGUUUUUUUUUGACGGUCUAGGCUGCUCAAUACGUAGAUAGAUAGCUAGAUAGAUCAUACGACUUUACCCACUGCUUGUCAUGUUCCAUGACACGGCGCAUGAACGUGUUAACUAGAUUGCUUUUUUUAUUGGUUCACCUUUACGAAUAGGACAAGUUGAGCAAGAAGGACCUAAAUAUCCACUUCUAGGGCUGUAGUUUCCUCUAAAAAGAGUUUGCAUUCGCAUAGGUCCUUAUAUCACCAUAGAUUCGGAUGGAUAGUGCUACUGAUUUAGUUCUUGUUGUUUUCAGUGUUUUUCUGAAGAACAUCAUGUAAUCGUAUCAUGUAUUCUCUUCACGAGAUACUAGCACAUACUAGUAGUAAAUAGUAAGUUGUUUGGAAGGAUUAUAAUCAUGCUUUAUUGUUGUGGAUGUAGAAGGUCCUCUAAGUUAGCUGGCGGAGUAAAGAGCCAACGUGAGCCACAAAAUUGGUUUGAGCGUCCUGAUUGCCGUCAAAACUACCCCAAAAUCGAAGAAGAUGAAGCAGAAGUGUUCCCGAAAAGGACUCACAGAACUGGUAAGCUUCCCUGAUUUAUGGCAGGUGGUUGGUACAGUACAUGGACAUGGAGUACACAGAACUGGUAAUCUUCUAUCUUGAUCUUUGGUACAGUACAUGGUCAUAGAAGAGAUCUUAUUGAUUUAAUAAAUUGCACACGACAAUGAAAAAUGCAAAUCACGUGUAUGAUUCUGAUCAAUACUAGUACAGUAAGGGAGUUAAUAGCGUAUAAUCGGAGCAUCAGGUCUAGCCCUUCGAGUUAACAAAAAACGGACGACUAUCCGUAGAGCAAAACGUAUAUUGUAUAGUCUAGUAUAGAUCAUUAUCUGAAAGCAGGACGUUUUUUAUUCUUGUAGUUGUCUCAUACUCUUCAUAGAACAACCCGGCUGGUCACCGGGGUCCCAUUGGGACAACAUUACCGCGCGAAACGUCGAAAGAUGACCUGCGCACUCCGGUACCCGUGGACGGGCCGGGGCUUGGCUCGUGGUUCUACGCUUACGGCCUGACGACGUGGAUAGAGGGAGGCGGGCGCUGCACUCCGUCGCAGGGAACGCGCUCACGCUAGCGAACUGCGGCGUGUCGUUGCUGCCCUUUCCUGGCGUGCGGUGCCCAUGUCUGGGCUUUCGGAUUGUGGGCAAGAGACUUCAGCGCGAGCCUUCGGCUUCGCGCGUGCUGGCCUGUGUUGGCUUCGCGGCCCCCUCGGCUUCUCUCUCCCUGGCGCGGAGGGUCUCCACCGGUCUCCACCACACCACUGCCGGCCAGGGGUGGCGCCUUUUUGACGUGCUGCCUCUGCUGCGUGAGCGCCUCGGCGUCUAGAAGGUCGGGCGGGCGUCAGAUUUCACUGCGUCGCUUUAUUUGGUCUUGGUUUGCGCUACUUGGUGGGUUUUUUACGCUUGUACGGGACUGCGGGUUGCGGUCUGUGAUGCAUUGGCUUUUCGGAAACUAAACGAGCGAGCAGCGGCACUGUGCAGGAGUGCCGCCGCUCCCUCCUCGCGCACUUUGUGCAGGCCUGUGGCUGUCGUGGGGCUUGCGCUCCGAACUACGACGCAGCUCGCCGCGGGGGGGUCUGGUGCUUUGGGGCUGCCUUAGCGCGGCGCGCUGGCUUUCGACUAAAUGCCCCUGAUGCUGUUUCUCUAGCUGUUUCUACCGCUGCACCUGCUUGCCUUUCUUCGGUGUUGGUUUGAGGCUUCUUGCCUUUUUUUACCAUGACGGCACCGGCAAACACACCCGGACCGCGGCGCCUCUUGUUAGGACUCUCUUGCAUUUGCCUAGCGCGUCGCUGUGCUUCAGAUUCCGCCUUUUGGCUGUCUGUUGUAGGUCUGUGGAUAACCGUCUAUCCUUCUCCUAAUAAUAAUAAUACUCAUAGAACAAAGUAGAUAGACCAAGAAAAGAGCAUCCCAGGAGGAGCAUGACGCAACACUGUUGUUUUGAUUUUAUUGUUGAACUGUCAGGUAUCAACUUUGACGAGUAUGACAAAAUUCCUGUUGAGAGAUCGGGUAAUAAUUGCGAAGCUGCAGUCGCAAUUAACCGAUUUUCUGAAGCUCGACUCCACGAUGAUUUGUACGAAAACGUCACUAGAUGUGGGUACAGCUUCCUACUUCGUGGGCUAAAUUUUGCGAUGAAUUGUGAUUUCGCUUGAUCUUACCACAUGGCGUUGGGCUUUCCAUUGCAGUUGGAUAAAGAAAGCUCUUUCUUUCAGUUUUAGAGGCAAAAAUAAUUAAGCUUUAUUCCACAUCACGUACAACCGCAGGUAUGAUCGCCCAACGCCUAUUCAGAAGCACAGUAUUCCAAUCGUUCGAUCCGGGCGCGAUGGUAUGUGCUGCGCACAGACAGGCUCAGGAAAAACAGCAGCAUUUCUGAUUCCUGCCAUUCAGUCACUUCUGGACAAGGGUCCUCCAGGAAUUCCUGAUAUGCCCAACGCUAGAGGACUUUCCCGGUAUUCACUUUGUUUACUUAAAAGAAGGCAUUUUAUCAAAUUGCUUGCGUUUUUUCGAUCACUGGGAUUCAUUUUUUCAUCCUAGUAGAGGUGUGCACUGAUGAAUGUGUCCUUGAUUUUCAUGUUAUAAAUAUGCAACUACAACUAGUAGAACGUAGUAUUACGUUGUGAAGCAGCACUAGGCUUAAUACGUAAUGCAGACGUGCUUGAAUCUUGUAAACAGGCCUGGGGGAGUAUGUGCCGUGAUUUGGUCAAAAAUGAGAAUCUUUCUCCUGUGAUGAAAUUUAACUUAGUGUCUCGCUUCCGAUUGUGUUGGUUUUGGCACCGACCCGAGAGCUGGUCUCACAAAUCUACGAUGAGGCACGCAAGUUUUGCUUUCAUACCGGUAUUUUGGCGCAAGUCGUGUACGGGGGUGCGCCCUUGAUGGAACAAAAACGAGAGGUCGGUCGGGGAUGCGAUAUCCUUGUUUAUGCUCGUCAGCUCGUUGUAUCGUAGACGUAGUUCGGACUACUUAACCUCCCAAUUGGUAUACAGACCAAUCCCCUGAGGCAUCCUGACAUGACAUAUUUAAUGCAAUCUUGCACUUUCACGUUCGACAAUUUCAUCGUAAAUAUCUGUCUUUGUUUCAGAAGUUUUUGGGCAGUGUUGAAGUGCGAUAGAUGACGUGACGCAAAAACGAAAACGAUGAAUGAACAACAAAUAUAUACCCCUUGCACUUGCUGGGUACAUCAUCAUCAUUGUGUACGCUCUAACCUUUUGCUGCGCCGGGUCGCCUCACUCAUAUGGUCGAGUGCAACUGGAUCAAUCUGGGAUAUACAAGGUAUAAGAAUGGUUGUUAGCGGCACUGACGUGAACAGGUUUCACGUGUAUUGGAAACCAAAACUUAAGAUACGUUUUUCGUUAAUGAAGUGCUUCUACUGCGACGCGAGCGCGACUCUUUCAUCAGAUUUGCUCUUAGAGCGGCAUGUACGGAAAGAUAGCAAUGUUCAGACCUUUCUUCAAAUGGAUAGUUACUUGAGCUAGGCUUGUCAUACCAUUCCAAAACUCAACAUUUCAGAUACUUGGUUUUGGACGAGGCGGAUAGAAUGUUGGAUAUGGGUUUUGAGCCGCAAGUCCGACAGAUUGUUGAACACACAAAUAUGGGUGAGUUUUAUCAUGGAAAUCCUGAAUUCGACCGACAAACAAUGAUGUUUUCAGCGACGUUCCAAGACGAAAUCCAGAUUAUGGCCCGCGAUUUUCUGUACUCUUCUUAUAGGUUUUUAGAUGUGCUUCUCAUACGUUCCUCCCCUCAAUCUCGCUUUGCUUCAAUUUUUUCUGUAGGAACGUACAAAAGAAUGCAACUGAUCCACGGUCUUCAAUACAUCAAGGACAAUCAGAAGUACUAAUUUAUUUUAGAAGUAGUCACUAUGUGCUUUGUUUUGAGUUGUUGUUCUCAAAGUUACCACAAGUAGAGCAUACUGCUAUUUUAGAAGUAGAAGACAGACUAAGGCCCGAGAGGAAGGAAUGAAAUCGAGUUUUCUUGUUCGACUGGUGUAAAACUCCUGCAUCCACAACUACAUGUCAGGCGCGACUACAUCUUCCUCAGCGUGGGACGUGUAGGUUCGACAAACGAAUUUAUUGAGCAGAAGGUGAUGUAUGCAGAGGAGAACGAUAAAACUCUGCGUCUUAAGCGUUGCCUCAAGGACGCAGCGAUAGGAUGCGGCGGCGAAGGCCUCUGCCUUGUCUUCGUUGAAACCAAGAAGGGAGCUGACGUGUACAACUACUAGGACUUCCAAUUUGUCAAAUUAAACUCCUGUUGCUUUUGGACUGUGAUAUGCCAACUGCCAAUCCCUGUGUGUAGUAGCUACUAGAAAAUAUUUCGACAACAAAAUUCAGUGGAGUUUUCAAAAAAUGUUGAAAAAGAGGCGGCCAGGCUUUUCUUGUUGUUCUUGGCAUGAUAUGCUGCGUUAUGGCCGGUGGUGUGGAGAUUCAGCGUGGUAACCGGUCAUCAUCUAUUACUAUUCACUUUUAUGUAUACCCAUACUUAGGAGUAUCUUCAGACAAAUACUUGUUUCUAUCCUCUACCUUUUCUUCUAUUACGAACUCAGGCUCGAAAAGGAUUUGUGGAAGAAUAAUUUUGCAGUGACUGCGAUUCACGGUAACCGAAAUCAGCAGGAGCGAGAGGAAGCACUCCAAGCAUUUAGAUCAGGGCAAAACCCGAUUCUGGUAGCAACGGAUGUGGCUGCGCGCGGUCUUGAUAUUCCCAAUGUCGCUCUUGUGAUUAACUACGACAUGCCAAAGAAUAUUGACGAUUACGUCCAUCGCAUCGGCCGUACAGGUCGCGCCGGGCGACAUGGAAAAGCAAUCGCGUUCAUCAACGACAAACAAUGUACUUUAGUUUGUUUUCUUACAAACUUAGGAUGUAAUCUGAUGAAAUAAGUUUGCAAGGCCAAGAAGGGACUCCUAGUGCGGUUAUUGUAGGUACUGAAUGUAAGAAAAGGCGAAGGAAUAGUUCUCUAGUUUGAAUAUUAUAACAUUUACGAGCAGUCCCAGUCCAUCAUCGCAUUGAAUCGUUUAUAUUAAAAAGAUAUGUCUCUGAUCAUUUCUGCCAGGUUCCCGGGAUUUGUUGCGCAAAUUGAAUGAUCUUUUGGUCGAAGCGAAGCAGGAUCGCCCUGACUGGUUCGAGGAGAUCGCUAGAGUCCAUAACCAAGGUGGAAGACUUGAUAAAUAUACGAGCGGCAAGCAAGCACGCGAUUUGCGCCAACUUGACGGCACUUUUACUUAUGUCGCCGACAAGAUGUGUUUCCCUACUUUCAAAAUAGAUGAAUUGUCUUUUUUCAUGGAUUUUUUGAAGGUGGACUGCUCAACGAACAGACAUCUUGGCGAGACUUGAUUUCAGUUUUUCCUCGAAUCCUACUUCUAUAAUAUGUUGGACCUACACUUUGAAUUCGACGGCCGACAUUGAUUUUAUCUAUCGUCUGCCUGGUGUAAUAUUAGUAAUUAUUGAAAUUGAUGAAUGUUGUUGUAUUUUCGUUCGCGCUCUAAGACCGCAGCGGGGGGGCAAAGGAAAGCUCUACUUCUGGAGGACGCGAUAAUCGGGAACAAACAACUCGAGGUGGCGGCAGAGGCGGCGGUGGUUUCGAGUCUAAACUGGUCAGUGGCAGAGGUGGUGGAGCCAAGCAGCAGCCGAGCUUUGGCGUUAGUGGCGCGCAAGAUGCUUGGUAA